UAUUUUAAGGUCACCUAUUUUAAGAUACUUGGUCAGCAUAUUUAGCUUCCGGACUUUUUCCAUGAAUGUUUUUCUCUCUGUUUAACUUGACCAAAGGCAACCACGUCGCUUAAUGUCCUAGCGAGGCUAAUGUUAUCGUCCAAAGAUGAAGUUCACGUAGCGUUCAAGUGUUCCUCAGGUGUUUCCACCUCACCUGUUUUUUUUUUAAUGAUGGCUCAAGGUGUAAUGGGCAGUCCGGUUACCCUUGUCAUCAAGGCGCCUAACCAGAACUAUGAUGACCAGACUAUUAAUUGCUACCAGGACUGGACUGUAGAGAAACUGAAAGCCCAUUUGUCAGAUGUGUACCCAAGCAAACCACGCUCCAAAGACCAGAGACUGGUGUAUUCUGGGAAGCUGCUUUUGGAUCACUUUACCUUAAAAGAUGUGCUCAGAAAGCAGGAUGAGUACCACAUGCUUCACUUGGUCUGCCCGUCACCGACUCCUCCCAGCUCCCCAGGACCUGCCCGCAGACACACUAACAAGCCUCAGGAGAAUGAAACAGGACCUGCAGUCGCUCCAACUGCUAGUCCUUCUUUCUCCGGCCAAUCAGAUGACAGCAGUGACGGACUCAGACAACAAGAUGGAUAUUUUCCUUACCACCAGUUGCAUCAACAGUUUAUUCACAGCUGGAGUCAACUCUCUGCAACGUCGACCCCUCCCACAAAUGUGACGACCUAUUACAACCACAUGACGCUAAUGUGGUGGCAGCAGCUGUAUGCUCGACAACAUUACAUGCACUAUCAGUCACUAUCAACCUCCUCACCAAACCUUAGUCCAGACCUGCCGAGGACUUCCUCUGUCCCGCAGAGCCGGCAGGCUCAAGCAAACCGCCGCGGCAACCCGGAAGUGGAGAUGAACGCCCAAGGAGGGGAGAUGGUGAAUGAGGAGGAGCUAAACCAGGAUUGGCUGGACUGGGUGUACACGUUCUCGCGGACCGCCAUCUUACUUAGUAUAGUGUACUUCUACUCCUCCUUCAGCCACUUUCUCUUGGUGAUGACGGCCAUGUUGGUGCUUUACCUGCAGGGAAACCAGCCCGGCUGGUUUCCCUUCAACUUCGAAAAUGAACUCCAGUUUCCUGGAGAUGGAGCCAACCAAGAGGAGAUGGAGGGGGACCUACAGGAGAACGACCCCCACGAAACGGACGCUGCAGGAGAUGACAGCACAGACGACGACGAAGGGGACAGCGGAGAGGAAGGAGCGGAGGAUCCAAACGUCAACGUCGCCCAAACAGGAUUCCUGUCCUCCACCUGGUCAUUUGUCAUCACCUUUUUCAUGUCGCUCAUUCCAGAGGGAGCGCAAAACGCUGCUAACUGAGCCAGAACAUUCUUUAGCUGUGUCGAAGAACACAUUGUGUUCUAUAAAGAGACAUUAUUUUCCCCUCUGCAGUUUAAUUGAAGAGUUGUGUUGAAUUGCUGUAAUGAAAGUUGUGCAGCAUUAGCUUAUUUUGACAUCACAUGGUCUCAAAUGUGUUCAAAAGCUGCCACAGACGUUUAUUUGCGUAUUAGGACUAUUCUGUGUAAAUUUUAAAAAAAAUUGUGUCAUUGAUGCUAGUAAAUGUGAGACUGGCUGCCGUCCACAUGAAAGGGUUACAUAUUUAAAAUGUAGUCAUAUAAUCUACAUUGUUAUGGUAACAUAAGUGUUUUCAACCAAGGAGCAACACAAUCACAAAUAGUGACUUCAUGUUGGGGCAGAGAUUGUUUUACUUCUUUUAUUACCCAAACAAUAGGGUUAAAUAGAUUAUGAUGCUGCUUUGGAAGUAAAAUGUUAAUUUACACUAAACUAUGUGUCCGUUUUGUGAA